UUGCGUGUGCGAGUGCGCGGGCGGGCAUGUGGGCGGGCUGGCGUGCAUGUGUGAGUGCACGUGUGUGCGUACAUGAGGGCGUGUGAAUCUGCACCCAUCUCCCAUGCAACAGAUGGCGCCACAUCCCAGUCAGAGUUUCCUCUUCAGUGUCAAGAGCUGCGAAGUGUUAUCACGCCCUUCCUCCCUCUCCUCCCAACACGGAUAAGACAGAUAACCAAACCAAAACAAGAACAGACAGGCAAACACCACAGAACGAGAGACCUCACACAAACCCCAAACAACAAGCCCCAAAACCCCCAAUUCAACCCUUAAAAGAGAAUGGAACCCCAAUCGAAGAGGCGAAAGAGACCCAGCUUCAGCGACGAGGAACUCCGCGUCCUAAUCCAAGAGGUUUUCAAGAGGAAGAAAAUCCUCUUGGGGAAAUUCGACGCUAUUGCAGUCACCGUGCAGAGCAAGGUCGAGGCCUGGGAUGCUGUGACAGAGGCCAUUAAUGGGGUGAGCUGUGUCAUGAGGGAGAGGGAGGAAGUGAGGAGGAAGUUCGCCCACCACAGAUGGUUUGUGAAGAAGAAGGCCAAAGCGAGGGAGAGGAGAGGGGGCAAGGCAAGCGACUCAGAGGAGGCAAUGUUGUCGAUGAUAAGUGAGUCGGUAAACAACAGUCUUACCAAUGUUUGUGAGUCUGGAAGUCCUUUGAAGUCCGUGUGUGAAGACAGUAGUGAAGCGGUAAACUUGACUCCCUUGAGAUCAGACACAGAAGACCAAAGUCCAGGGAAAAACAAGUCCUUCUGCAGCUCCAGUACAGACCUUUCCUUAAGAGGACUUAGGAACUUUCGGAUGAAUAGGAGAGAAGCAGAUAGCGUUCAGAAUCUUUAUGCUGACACGGAUGGGACCCCAUUAAGAAAAGAAAAUGGAGAGGGAAAUUCAGCUGAGACUGAUACUAGUGACAAUGUCAAGAGCAAAAGCAUGAUGGAAGGCCUACGACAUUUCCGAAUAGAUAAGGAGGAAAUUAGCAAAGAUCAGACCCAGUUACUGCGGUAUUUUAGGAAGGAAAUGAAGUUCAGUGGAAAUCCAAGAUUAGCCAAGAAGGACAGCCACUCAAAUUCAGAAAAACUGAAAAUUUGGAGCCACGAGGGAGUGCUCCAACUAGUAGAAGCAUACAGGUCGCAUAUGCACAUGUUCAGUAUGACCUCUUUGAACAGCAGUCAGAUAUGGUGCAAAAUUGCAAAGGAAUUGCAGGAGAAUGGCUACACAUACACAGGAGAAUUAUGCAAAAGGAAGAUGCAGAAUUUAAGUACUAGGUACAAAUCCAUCACAGAAAACCAGGAGAAUGGUAGGGGAAGGAUCAGAUGGAGUAAAUGGGAGUAUUUUGACACUAUGCAGGAUCUCUUUGCCGGCAACCCAAGUGGAGACACCUCAUUGGUGACCUCCUUGGACAUUUCACUACCCACUGACCCUGAUGAUGAUCCCUUACAAGUGGAUGAAGUCAAGACAGAGCAAGACCACCUUUCACCAGAAUACACUGACGACUCAUUACAGUGGAGUGGGGUCAAGACAGAAUUUGGUCUCUCAUCAUCCGAGCUUGACAGCAAAUCUUUCUCAUGGGAUGAAGUCAAAGCGGAGGAGAGCUCGCUUUUCUCAGAGCCUGUUGAGGAUUUACUCCCCUGGAGCGGUGUCAAGGCUGAACUUUGCUCUUCAUCUUAUACAGUACAUUAAUCAAAAUGAAAUAUUAAUAGGAUAAUCAAAAUGAAAUAUUAAUAGGAUAACACAAAUAGUACAUGA